AGAUGGCUUCCCAGCAGCCGCAACCAGGCGGCCCAGGAUUACAACAAGCUACAUCUUUACAGCAGCACCACCAGUUGAGUCAACAACAAGAUUUCGAUCCGGUUCACCGUUUUAAAAUGCUUAUCCCUCAGCUGAAAGAAAGCCUGCAGAACUUGAUGAAGAUUGCGUCCCUCAACUUGGCUCACAACACGACAAUAGAUAACGGAGUUAAAAGCAGCGACGCCACUGUUCAGCGUUUUGACAAAAGCCUGGAGGAAUUUUAUGCUCUUUGCGAUCAACUGGAGCUGUGUUUGCGGUUGGCGUACGAGUGCCUCUCCCAGAGCAUCGACAGUGCCAAGCAUUCCCCCAACUUGGUCCCAACCGCCACCAAACCGGACACAGUGCAGACAGAGUCCAUGUCUUACGGCCAGUACCUUGGCAUGAUCAAGUCUCAGAUCUCUUGUGCGAAGGACAUCCAUAAUGCUCUGCUGGAGUGUUCCAAAAAGAUUGCUGGAAAAGGACAACCGCCGGGGAUCAUGUAGUUUUAGUCCAUUGUUUUGUACCUCAUUGUUAAAAGAAUGGAGCAGCCUUGUAAAUACCAUUUUCAAUACGACCAGUAGCUAGUGCCAGAGGUGUGACCUGUUCUUCUCAAUAUUUACUUUUGCAAUGUACCCGACAUUAAAACUUUUGUAGAUGUCUUCAAUAAGUGACAUAAAUAAUUACUAUAUUCUGGGUCGUGACCUACUCCAAAUUCUGUAAUAGACAGGUGUGCUAGUAAUACUGCAUCCACAGCUGUGUAGUGCAUCAAACCAAUGUGAACUACUAUUAAGUGCUUGCAUACAAAAAUAACACCUCAGAGUUCAGUCACCCACUGUGUCAAAGAACACAACACUAUUUAGCGUAUACAUUUUUAUUUUUAGAUGCUAAAUGUAUAUUAAAAAUAUACAGCAACAGCAAUGGUUGCCAAUGGAGUUGGUGCUCUGAAAGCAGCAACCUCCGAUGAACGAUAAAAAAAGGGAAAUAAUUAGUUCUUUUUACAAAGAUUACAGCAGAUACGAGACAUUUCUGGUGCUCAACAAAAUACCUAGAUAAUUGUUGAUAUGGUCUUAAGUGCAUUAGUGAUCCCUGAACAGAGAAUCAGUACCUCAAGGUGUUAAUGUUUUAUGCAAUGACUACAGAUUAGUGUAUUUAAUUUUAAUCUCUAUAACAUCCAUAGUGCAUCCGUGUUGGACCAAUCAGAUCAAUAGCAGACAAACUACAGCACCUAAACAUGCAGCUAUCUAGUUCUACUAAAACUGUAGCGUCUAUGCUGACGUCUUCAGGCGCCGCCAUUGUUGAAAAUUUGCACACCUGUCUUGCUUUCACCAUAGCUCAUGACUGGUCCACUUGUGCAGAAUCCUAUCAGUGAUUAAACACCUGACAUUCUCACCUUUUCAAUGCCCAAAUCCCGACUUUCACAUUCCCCUCAAACAUUUGUGCAAUUUCCACUAAAGUGAGAGACAAUACAGACUAUGGACAGACCUGAUAAAAGCUGGUAAGCAGUGACCGAUGCAACACAGCCAAAAGGUGCUUUCUGAUUCUGUCACGGGACCAUUGAUUGUAUGUGUGUGUAUGUGCGUAAUUAGCACUUGAGAGCCUUGAGAACGUUGAUCUUUUUACUGCUUUGUCGAGCUGGAAGCUUUCACGUUACUUUUAGUUUUGGCCUUGGGCUGGUCUCUGUGGAAGCACAAAACAAAGACAUUAAACCUACAAUAAGCCAUCAAACAAAGUGGCCUACAGGUAACAACUGUCAUACAGGUGUAAAAAUAAGUUAACCGCUGAAUAAUGUAUACAAGGGUGAAGCAUAAAAAUAAACCAUUGUACAGUAACUUUGACGUACACGCACGGACUGAUGGAGGAAUGCUGCUUGUAGAUAGGAGGGUCUCCACAUUUUUAUUAUAGUCGUUGACUGAUUGCAUUAAGCAGCAAGAACGUCAAAAUGUGCGUGAACCGUUUAUCUAUGUUGCAGAAAACUAAUUUCUUGGUUCCAUGGUUAUCAUCACACUUUCUCUUUGCCAUCAAAAGCCGAAGAAAAAGCAAAACACACUUGUGGAUUUAAUUGUAGUUUUAGAUUUUGUAGAUUUUUGUAGAUCUUAGAUUUGUUUUGUGGCUCGCGUGACAUCACAAAUGAUUAGUUUAUUCUCCCAUUUUAGUUGAAAUCUGAAUCGUACUACUUUAUGAUUGGGAAGUUGCACUGUCACACCUAUAACCCCCUGA